AGAUGUUCCUCAGCACCCUCCCGGUGGAUUUCGUGGUGAUCCGUGCCGGCAUGCCGACCAGCCUCCGCUCCGCCGCGGUUGCCCGCUUCAAUGACCCCAGCUCGGCUACGCAGGUCCUCCUGACCACGUUCAACUGCGGUGCCACCGGCCUCAAUAUGCACGCCCAGUGCAGUCGGAUCAUCGUGAUGGAGUCCGCGCUCAACCACAACUCCCUUUUCCAGACCAUCGGACGGAUCCACCGCCUCGGUCAGCGCGACGAGCAGCGUGCGUGGCUACUCUUUA